GAAAAGAGCAAGAUAGAGAGAGAAAGCGAAAUGUUAUAACAGGUGAACCGACAACCAUUCUACUCCAUCAACAUAGAUGUUUCCGAACCUCUCUAGGCACUGAUCGUACAUUUCGAGCUAAAAACCUCUCUUAAAUAAUAUACUCCAAAGAGAGAUUGAGUGAGAAAGCUCACAAAAUGGAUCCAUGUCCAUUUGUUCGUUUAAUCGUUGAAUCUCUCGCUCUAAAACUCCCUUUGGCCACCAAACCAGCUGGUUCCGGUGUCCACCCGUCAACCACACCAUGUUUCUGCAAAUUGCGUUUCAAAAACUUCCCUUCUCAAACUGCCCUUCUUCCUAUGUGUUCUACUGCUAAUGAUUCUCCGCCCGACACCUCCACCUCCGCCCCCGGUUUCCAUCUCGACGCCAUCGCUCUUAGUCGUCUCUCUGGUAAGCCUAUCACACUCCGGAUGGAGGUUUACACGGGUCGGAUGGGUCGGACAUGCGGAGUCAACGGCGGGAAGUUACUAGGUCAUGUUCAGGUCAGUAUUGAUUUGGGGAAUGCUACGUCGAAUCCAAGAGUGUUUCAAAAUGGAUGGUUGAAAUUGGGUAACCAACCGGAUAAGCCAGCGGCUCGGCUAUAUCUUGUUGUCCGGUCUGAACCGGACCCACGGUUUGUUUUUCAGUUUGGUGGUGAACCGGAGUGCAGCCCAGUGGUUUACCAAAUUCAAGGAAAUAUACGACAGCCCGUUUUCAGUUGCAAGUUUAGCGCAGACCGGAACGCAAGAUCUAGAUCUUUGCCAUCAGAUUUCACCCUCAACAACAAUAACAGAGGAUGGAGGAGAACCUUUACUGGGGAGAAAGAACGAGCAGGAAGAGAGCGAAAGGGAUGGAUGAUAAUGAUAUAUGAUCUUUCUGGUUCUCCAGUUGCAGCAGCCUCUAUGAUCACCCCAUUUGUUCCUUCUCCAGGCUCAGAUCGUGUUUCUCGAUCAAACCCUGGCGCAUGGCUAAUUCUCCGGCCUCACGGAUUCUCUGUUAGUAGCUGGAAACCAUGGGGUCGCUUAGAGGCAUGGAGAGAAAGAGGUCCUAUUGAUGGGCUUGGUUACAAGUUUGAGCUUGUGACCGACAAUGGCGGUCCUAGCAGAGGAAUUCCGAUUGCUGAAGCUACAUUGAGCGUAAGGAAAGGCGGCCAAUUUUGCAUUGAUAGUAGAAUAAUGAAAGAUUCAGGAUUGAAUAGUUCAAGAUCGCCUGUUAAAGGAUUUGUGAUGGAUUCUACUGUAGAAGGAGAAGGAAAGGUUAGCAAGCCAGUAGUGCAAGUAGGAAUGCAACACGUCACUUGCAUGGCUGAUGCUGCCUUAUUUAUAGCUCUUUCUGCUGCUAUUGAUCUAAGCAUGGACGCUUGCCAGCUUUUCUCCCAUAAGCUUCGAAAGGAGCUUUGCCAUGAUGAGCAAGACUACUCCUUCUCUUAGAGCUUCUCUUAUGAUGCAAUGAUAACCAGUUAGUUUUUUUUUUUGCUCAUUGAUAGAGUGAAACAACUAUUGGUUUGAGCAGACAAGACGUUUUGCUGCUUUUUUUUUUAAAGUUUGCUUACAUUCUUUCAUUUCCCUGAAUUUUCCCUCAUAAAUUCUAUAAGAUUUUCUUUCUCUGGGAGCAUGGAUAGUCGGAAUUCAUUAUGUCUUUGUUGGUUUUGGUUGGUUUUGUCACAGUAGAGGAGUUUUUGUUUGUUAGUAUAACUUUUGUUAUACCAACAAUGCUUAUAUGACCAACAGAUAUAGAAACUGUACAUACAGACAAUAAAAAAGCCAAUUAAUUGUUUGUUCAUAUUUUUUA